AUUUCCCACCGCUAAGCGCAAAUAGGAGAAGGGAUAAGACACGUUGACUGAGCGUUUAGUGAAAAUUUCGUGGGUUCGUUUUCUGAAGAGUUAAAAUGCCUCCCGUAACAUCUUUGUUUGGAAGCUCCCCUAAAACUGUUAACCUUGAAAUUGAACACUGGAUGAAUAACCUGAAUGAAGUUCAAAGUGUAAUAAAUACUGUGGAACCCAAAUUGAAUACAACUCCAACCAAGUGGAAAGCUGUUUUUCAGCACGUUAAAGAAGUCUCGGAGGAAUUGAGUCAGAUUUUCAAUAAGGAGGACCCUCAUUACGAUGUCAUAUUGGCAGGAGUCAACGCGGGGAGGAAAUUCGACAGCGCUCAAGCAGAGAUUGCCAAGAGUGAUAGCGUCAGAGACAGUGCUUUGAAUAGGCUAAGAAAAUAUCGUGACGAAAUUGAAGUUCUUAGAAGAGAAUACAAAGAACGAGAAAAGGUGAGGGAAAGAUAUGACCAUUAUCGCGUUAAACUGGACAACUUGGAGAGGAAAGGGAAAGAUCAGCCUAGAAUUGAACGCAAUCAACAGAAGCUGAAAGAUGCCGAAGACUCGUAUCACGCAGUCACAGCUGAAGUGAUUCAGAAGAUGGAAACUUGUUGGAAAAAACAUGUCGAAGUAUUUGCAGAGGCAUCUAUAGCUUUGUGGUAUAUGCAAAUGCGAAUGGUGGAUGAGUUUGCUCAAACAUCGGAAGACGUUCGCCCUUUUGUGGAUGACUAUUUAAAGAAUAUGAAGAGUAGCAACACCUCAUUCCCUAAUCAAGAUUAUAUGGGAGAAGAUGCUUCAGCUGCCAAACAUACAAAGGACCCUUUGGCCAAUAAUGACUCAACCUUGGAUACGGAUAAUGCUUUCCCUUGUCUUGAAGAAGAUGACAAACAAGAAUCAGCACCCGAGAAGUAUCCAUCCAUACAGAGUUUGACAGCUUAGUUGUCUGCUGCAUAGAGACAACUGCAGUUGGGCCCACUUGAUGUGUUCGGAAUGAUGCCUAUUUUUAUUUAUUGGCACACAAUAUGUUGACCAUUUGCUAUUGGACUAUCCAUCCUAUGAACAAAAUGCAAGUGAAGCACACUUCGGGUUUCUGUUUUUUCUUGUUUGUUUGUGUCAUUCUUUUGUUAUACGUUGCUUUUAAAGAUG